CACUCAGAACCACAUUUUAGGAGUGACCAGAAGGAUGACCUUUUACGUGAUUUGGGAAACUAGUUGAGGACUCUGAAGGCUGUUCACUCAGGUGCUGAUCUUGAGUCUGCAAUUGCAACUUGCAUGGGAUAUAAAGCUGAGGGUGAAGGGUUCAUGGUCGGGGUUCAGAUAAAUCCUAUAAGGGGCUUGCCAUCUGGAUUUCCUGAUCUGUUAAGAUUUAUUCUGGAACAUAUUGAAGACAAGAUGGUGGAGCCUCUGCUUGAGGGUUUGUUGGAGGCACGGGUUGAACUUCGACCUCUGUUGCUCAACUCCCAUGAGCGUCUUAAGGAUCUUAUUUUUUUGGAUAUUGCCCUUGAUUCUACAGUGAGGACCGCUAUUGAGCGGGGAUAUGAAGAGCUGAACAAUGCUAAACCAGAGAAAAUUAUAUAUUUCAUCAGUCUAUCUCUUGAAAAUCUUGCUCUAUCGACCGAUGAUAAUGAAGAUCUAUUAUACUGCAUUAAGGUAUGUCUUUGUAAAUUGUUGGUUAGCUUCUCAUCUCAGUAAUUGUCCUUCAUUUUCUUGAGGUUUCUAUAUG